AUGCUGCCGUUCUCUUCGCCGGGGUCUAAGGUGACCCCUCGCCACCAUGUCGGCGGUUAUCCAAACGGCUAUCCAAGGGGCAAGACCUUCCACAUCUCACCUCACAGAUACCAGCCGCGCGGCACGGUGCCAGCCUACCGCCGACGAACCCACUCCCUCGUGCGUCUCGCCGCCCUCGCCGCCUUCCUUUUCCUCGUCACCCUGAUCUCCUGGUCCCGCGGCUCCUCAAUCCUCUCCGUCUUUUCGCUCGGCCUCGUCUCGGGCCCGGGUGACUUCGAGCUCGAGACGGUGCGCUACCACGACCUGUCUAACGUCCAGGGCACCGCCCGCGGGUGGGAGCGUGAGGAGCGCAUCCUGCUGUGCGUGCCGCUGCGCGACGCCGAGGCCCACUUGCCCAUGUUCUUCUCGCACUUGCGCAACCUGACGUAUCCGCAUCACCUGAUUGACGUGGCGUUUCUGGUGUCGGAUUCCACGGAUAACACGCUCGAGGUGCUGGUCAAGAACAUGGAGGACAUCCAGGCUGCGGAGGAGGAGGCGAUGCAUUUUGGGGAAGUGUCGAUUAUUGAGAAGGACUUUGGGCAGACGGUGAACCAGGAUGUGGAGAGCCGGCACGGUUUUGCCGCGCAGGCGGGGAGGCGGAAGCUCAUGGCCAGGGCGAGGAAUUGGCUGCUGAGUGCGGCACUCAGGCCGUAUCACUCGUGGGUGUACUGGCGGGAUGUGGAUGUGGAGACGGCGCCGUUUACCAUCUUGGAGGAUCUCAUGCGGCAUAACAAGGAUGUCAUCGUGCCGAACGUCUGGCGUCCGCUCCCUGAAUGGCUGGGGGGAGAGCAGCCGUACGAUCUCAACUCGUGGCAGGAAUCGGACACGGCUCUGCAACUUGCGGACACAUUGGAUGAGGAUGCCGUCAUCGUGGAGGGCUACGCCGAGUACGCCACAUACCGGCCGCAUCUGGCGUAUCUUCGGGAUCCCUACGGCGAUCCGGACAUGGAGAUGGAACUUGACGGUGUCGGCGGUGUGAGUAUUUUGGCUAAGGCCAAGGUAUUCCGCUACGGUGUCCACUUCCCAGCCUUCAGUUUUGAGAAGCAUGCGGAAACGGAGGGGUUCGGAAAGAUGGCAAGGAAGAUGGAUUUUUCCGUCAUCGGCCUGCCUCAUUACACCAUCUGGCAUGCGUAUGAACCCAGUGAGGACGACAUCAAGCACAUGGAGCAAAUGAAGCGGGAACAGCUCGCUCGGGAACAAGCCGAGAAGGAGAAGGCGGAAAAGGCCAAAAAGCUGAAGGAGUCGUUUGGUGAUGCUACGGGACAGUGGGAGCAAGACAAGACUGCGAUGCAGAACAUUGCCGUUCAGGAGAAGAAGAAGGGAGCUGCUGCUGCUGCCGCUGCCGCCGUUUCUAAGGAUAAGGCGGGUGCCCGGGCCGCGGCUGGCAAAGUGGAAGAGCUCGGUGGGCAAAACGAGCGUCUGGAGGCCAAGACAUGA